AUGUACAUUGUUUUAUCAUACCAGGUUGAGUACAAAAGAGGCCAUCUAUGGAAUAGAUUCUCAUUGGCUACAACUUACGUAUUGAAUCUAGAUAUGCUUUACUUUAUACUUGAGUUUGAUCGCCUACUGUAA